CUUUCCACAAAUGCAAUUUGAAUUGCAAAAAUCGGAAUUAUUUCUGUAAUUUGACAAAUGGGAACUUAUUGCUUGUGUUCAACCCUCUUUAGAUUUCCAGUAGAUUAUCCAGAGUGGUUGGUCACCCAUAGCCAUGGCCAUGGUUGCUUACUUAGUGGUCGCAAACGACUACAAGCAGUUGCCACAAGUACUGUCAGUGUCGAUGUUUCUCAGGACAGACGAACAUGCGUUUUUUCUGCUACGAAGGCGCGGAAGCCAAUAACUGCGGCGAUACUGGCCGCAAUUGCAGCAUGUGCUGUGAUUGUGGCGGUGAAUGGGGCGGAGGCGUUGGCGGUGCCGGCGCAGAUUGAAACGCAGCAGGAAAUACUUGGAGAGACAUUUUCGAAUGUACCGCAAACGCUGUCUGGCGAUUGUGUUGAUGGUCAGAAGGAUUGCAAGAAGGCGAGGAUUCAAAGACCCAAGUCAAGGCAAGCAGAGAUUUGCACUGUCAAAUGUGUCAAUACUUGUAUUCGUGGUGACACUGGUGAAGGUCCUCUCAACGUUAGAAGGCCUCUGGUGGUGUUUAAGCAAGGGUUUCGCAGUCGCCAAUACUGUUUGGUGGAAUGCUCUGAUAUAUGUAAUUUGAUGAAAGAUGGUGAAGAUGGACCAUAGGGCUGUACAUUCAAUCUUAUUUUUAGGUUAAAUUCUUUAUCUGAGCCUACGAAAUUCCCAGGUGCUCUUUCAUAUCAUUAAAGCUUUGAUUGGGUUGUAUAUU